AUGUGGGAUGCUGUUUCGGCACGGGUCGCUGAUAUCGUAAGCUCCUAUCCAAAAACGUGUAUAUUCCUAUCGGUUGCUAUUGCAGGUAUUCUCACAUCCGGUCUUGCAUUUGCUAAAGUUGAAACGGAUAUCAGACGCUCUUUUUCACCACACGAUUCGGACAGCGCCAACGAAGCGCGGCGCUAUUUGGAUUUCUAUGGCCUCAACGUAUAUCCAUCCCGAAGUUUUAUUUUAUUCCAAACAAAGGAUCCAAAAGAUGAUAUCUUGAGAGAGGAAAGUCUACGGUAUAUCGAAGCAAUGGACGCACAGAUGACUUCCGUGCUCAAUAAAGUGGAUCCCGUCGAUGGAUUGAGAUCUUGCGAUCCUGUUUGCAACAUCAACUAUGCUUUCCAUAUGUUUAUGAGCGAACUGAAAGAGGAGCGAGCCGGCAAUAAGACAUCGCUGGAUUCGCGGCUUUUUGAUUAUCCAAGGUCACGAUUGCGCGGUGCUGAGAUUUUUAUUGGACUGAAUAUACAUGGGACAACGCUCCGAGCUCAACCAUUUCCUGGAAAUAGCUCGAAAAUCGUGGCCGCCAACACGAUUAUCCUCCAUUAUUUCAGUCGAUUCGAUACGCCGCAAAGAAUCAGCGAUUUCAAAAAUCGCUCCCUUGGGCUCUUCUUUCGAUCUCAAGAGCAUAACACAUCCUCGCUAGUUGAUUUCAGUAUUUUCGGCGAGGAAAUUGCAAAUCACGAAAUGGUUCGCGGAGCCUUUGAGAACAACACCAAAAAGAAUGACGGUCCAAUUGGUUGCAACCACAAUCCUGACACCAAUCCUGGCCACAUUCGCUGCGUUUGGAUUCCAAUGCUUCGUCGGCUUCAGAAUCUACUCAAUUCAAUGCGUCACUCCCCCUUUUUGGUCCUUGGAAUUGGCGUUGAUGAUGCCUUCAUCCUUGUCCACUGGUGGAACCAUUACAAAAAUAUCAAAAAUAGGGAUGCUCGGAUGAGGAAAGUUUUGGUCGACGUCGGGCCUUCAAUUACGAUCACAUCUUUGACAAAUAUUGUCGCCUUUGGAGUUGGAUUUUUGACGCCGACACCGCAGAUGUCGAUGUUCUGUCUAUGUACUUCUAUCGCAUUGUUCUUUGACUAUAUUAUUACCUACAGUAUCCUUGCUCCGGUCGUAUAUCUUUGCCAGAAGGAUAAAACUACCUCAGAAACUGCCAUCGCUCCAAUCAAGGCUCCGACGCCCGCCAAGGAAACUCGGGUCACUCGUGCCGUUCGAGCCUACUCUCGAGUUAUCUGCUCAACGAAGGGAAAACUUAUUUCGGGAGUUAUUUUGCUUGGUGUUUAUGCUUUCUGCACGGUCGGGGUUCUGAGCGUCAGAUCAACGUUCGAUCCAUCCAAAGCAUUCCCAGCAGAUUCCGUCUUGGUUAAGGCUGUCAAGAAGAUCCAACCGGUUUUCAACGAGUUCUUCCCACUUCAUAUUUAUGUCUCAAAUCCGCCGAAUAUUACUAACAAACAAGAGUACGCGACUUUCCACAACCUUGUUGAUGAUCUGGAGAGUUUGCCGAUGGUGUAUUCCGACAAUAAAACUGUCAUCUUUUUGAAUCAAUAUGAGCAAUACGAUCAUCAUAUGAGCAAUCUUCUCUCAUCUCUAUUUAUGGCGCCACAACAAACCGACUACCCAUUGACUCUACACAAUUUGGGUUCAUUCCUGGAUAUUAUCGGAAAUCCACCGACGAUCAAAUACAAGCGACCGCAAGUAACUGGCGGAGAAGGUGACUUGGAAGCGUUUGCCUUUACCAUCAUUGCCAAAGGAAUGCACGAAUGGGGUGAGCGUGCUAAAUACGAGGAAAUGGUUCGUCAAAUGUUGAAGAAAUACUCUCAAUUCAAUGCCACAUUAUUUGAUGCCGAUUCCGCGGUCUUGGCUGUGAUUCUAACCACACGUGAUGAUUUGAUCGGGUCGAUUUGUUUAACGGUGGCUUGUAUGGCCUGUGUAUGCGUAUUAUUUAUCUCAAAUAAAUGGGGAGUGGCCAUCGUGACAGCAGUUAUAUCUAGCAUUUGUUUCUGUUUGGUUGGAAUGCUGUCCUGGUGGGGAGUAGACAUGGAUCCGGUGAUGCAGGUCGAUGUAUUAUUGGCUACUGGGUUUUCGGUAGAUUAUACAGCUCAUAUCGCCUACCAAUACUAUCAAAACCGUGGACGACCUGAAGAACGAGUCUAUGCUAGUCUGAUUGAGAUGGCUUCACCUAUGUUGCAGGCGGGAAUGUCUACAGUGCUUUGCAUGCUGCCGUUAAUAUUUAUCAAAACCUACACUAUCGUCUGCUUUGCAAAGACCAUUUUUAUCGUCGUCGGAUUUGGCCUCUACCAUGGAUUGGUCGUUCUCCCCGCCCUUCUAUCAUUCACAGCCAAGGAAGAGGAGAAACCCACCCCGGCUCUGAUCAACGAACCGCUCCUUGAGAUGCAGAAAAAGAAUGAAGCUCAU